AUGGGUGUUCGCCUACAAAUAAUUUUCGCUGUGGCGUUCUUCAUUUCUUCAACAUUGGCUGCAGAUUGUGUAGGUGGAGGCUAUGGAGAUCAGACAUGUACGAAUAAUCCAUGCCCAAAUGGCCAACGAUGUCAGCUGGACGAAGUGGUUUGCGUGAGGGGUCCCUGCGUUGUAACAAAUUUCAACAAUUCCAGCUGGCCGGUGAGAUCCUGCAGACCAUACCGUAAUUGCGGUGUGAAUGAAGAAUGGCGCGAUUGCGCUCAAUUCUGCGAACCGAGCUGUGCUUCUCCUGCUCCGCUCUGCCCGGAGAUAUGCCAGCCCGGAAAAUGUCAGUGCAGAGAAGGAUAUUUUAGACGCAACGGUAUAUGUGUAUCUUACACACCCGGCUGCGGUGGUAUUACUAUUCAAGGUCCUGGAGGAUAA